AUGAGCGAAAAGCGACGCGUAUCGUACUUUUACCAGGGCGAUAUCGGGCACUACUACUAUGGGCCCGGUCACCCGAUGAAGCCUCACAGGCUGAAACUAGCCCACCACCUCCUCCUGUCCUACAACCUGUACCGCGAGAUGGACGUCUACAGACCCCACUUGGCGAGCAGCACGGAGCUGAUGCGGUUUCACCAAGCGGACUACGUCAACUUCCUCGAGAAGGUCAUGCCCGGGCCCGCGCGCGGUCAGGGGACUGGUCCUCAGCAGCAAACCAAGUUCAGCGUCGGCGAAUUCACCGAUUGCCCGGUGUUUGAGGGUCUCUACCGAUUCUGCCAAUCUUACACCGGAGCGUCGAUCGACGGCGCGAUCAAGCUCAACCACGACAUGGCGGACAUCUGCAUCAACUGGUCGGGCGGUCUUCACCACGCCAAGAAGGCCGAGGCAUCGGGCUUCUGCUAUGUGAAUGACAUCGUACUGGCCAUCCUCGAGCUUCUCAAGUACCACUCCCGCGUGCUGUACAUCGACAUCGACAUACACCAUGGCGACGGGGUGGAGGAAGCGUUCUACACGACGGAUCGCGUGAUGACCCUAUCGUUCCACAAGUACGGCGACUUCUUCCCGGGCACGGGUGACAUCAAGGACGUCGGGGCGAAGUCCGGCAAGUACUACUCGGUGAACUUCCCUCUGCAAGAAGGCAUCGAUGACAACAGCUUCGAGAGCAUCUUCAAACCCGUCGUCAACAAGGUGAUGGAGAUGUACCAACCGUCGGCGGUGGUGCUGCAGUGCGGGGCGGACUCCCUCACGGGAGACCGGCUGGGCUGCUUCAACCUCACGCUCAAGGGACACGCGGAGGCUGUCAAGCACGUCAAGAGCUUCGGCGUGCCAAUGCUGGUGCUCGGGGGAGGGGGCUACACCAUCCGCAACGUGGCGAGGUGCUGGGCUUAUGAGACGGGGGUGCUGCUGGGCAAGGAGAUCGACGAGGCGAUUCCGUACAACGACUACUUCGAGUACUACGCGCCGGACUUCAAGCUGCACCUAACGCCGUCUCCCCACAUGGAGAAUCUCAACACACCGCAGGAGCUGGACCGGCUCAAGACCACCGUGCUGCGGCAGCUCCAGACGCUGCAGGGGGCUCCGUCGAUGCAGAUGGUGGAGUCGUCUCAGUCGAGGGAAGGAGGAGCGGGGAGUAGCGGUGGCGGUGCUGCCGGCAGCGCUGUGCUGGGUUCAGCAUCACAUAAGAACUAG